GCGCCGGGCCCGAGCCUGACGGGACGCGGACGCGGCGGGAGGUGACCGGCCGGGCGGGCGGCGGGGCGCGGAGCGGCUCCUGAGCGGCGUCGCCCGCCGCGGCGCGGGGACAAGAUGGUGAAGGAGACGCAGUACUACGACAUCCUGGGGGUGAAGCCCAGCGCGACGCCCGAGGAGAUCAAGAAGGCCUACCGGAAGCUGGCGCUCAAGUACCACCCCGACAAGAACCCCAACGAGGGCGAGAAGUUCAAGCUCAUCUCCCAGGCCUAUGAAGUGCUCUCAGAUCCGAAGAAAAGGGACAUCUAUGACCAGGGCGGCGAGCAGGCCAUCAAGGAGGGGGGCCUGGGCAGCCCCAACUUCUCCUCCCCCAUGGACAUCUUCGACAUGUUCUUCGGCGGCGGCGGGCGGAUGGCCAGAGAGAGGAGAGGCAAGAACGUUGUGCACCAGCUGUCUGUAACUCUUGAAGAUUUAUAUAACGGAGUCACAAAGAAAUUGGCCCUCCAGAAAAAUAUAAUUUGUGAGAAAUGUGAAGGUAUCGGAGGGAAGAAGGGCUCCGUGGAGAAGUGCCCGCUGUGCAAGGGCCGGGGCAUGCAGGUGCACAUCCAGCAGAUCGGGCCGGGCAUGGUGCAGCAGAUCCAGACCAUGUGCAUCGAGUGCAAGGGCCAGGGCGAGCGCAUCAGCCCCAAGGACCGCUGCGAGGGCUGCAGCGGCGCCAAGGUGGUGCUGGAGAAGAAGAUCAUCGAGGUGCACGUGGAGAGAGGCAUGAAGGAUGGGCAAAAGAUUCUGUUUCACGGAGAAGGCGACCAGGAGCCCGAGCUGGAGCCUGGGGAUGUCAUAAUUGUGCUUGAUCAGAAGGAUCAUAGUGUCUUUCAGAGGCGAGGCCACGACCUGGUCAUGAAGAUGAAAGUCCAGCUCUCCGAGGCCCUCUGUGGCUUCAAGAAGACGGUAACCACCCUGGACGACCGCGUCCUGGUUAUUACGUCCAAGUCAGGUGAGGUGAUCAAGCACGGGGACCUCAAGUGCGUGCGCAACGAGGGGAUGCCCAUCUACAAAGCGCCCCUGGAGAGAGGCAGCCUGGUGGUGCAGUUCCUGGUCGUCUUCCCCGAGAAGCUGUGGCUUCCUCUGGACAAGCUGCCCCAGCUGGAGGCCCUGCUCCCUCCGCGGCAGACGGUGACCCUCACGGACGACAUGGAGCAGGUGGAGCUGCAGGAGUUCAGCCCCAGCGACCAGAGCUGGCGCCAGCACCGGGAGGCCUACGAGGAGGACGACGACGGGCCCCGGGGCGGGGUGCAGUGCCAGACGGCCUGACGGCCGGGGGCGCCACGGCGGCGGAUGAACGCGCCCCGCUCUGACAGCUGCGGCGUCCCCUGUGCGUGUUCAGCAUUCCCAAUGGCUGAGUGUCUUUUUGGGUUUUCUUUUGGUUGUGACCUAAGUUAUAGCUUAAUUUAUAUUUAAAUGUUCUAAGUGUAAACCUCCUCUCGUCUGCACAUGGAAUCUGUUUGUUCACGUGUUCAGGACCCACCGGAGGCACCGGGGACCACGCAGGCGUCUCUCGCAGUGGCUUUGCCGUCACUCAGUCCCACAUACAGCCCCGCCCAGCGGCCUCCAGGCACCCCCUGGGCCCCGCGGGCUCGGGUCUGGGCUUCUCCCGCCCCCUCGCUGCUCUCAGGGCUGCGAACGGGACGCGAGUCUACGUUCUAGCUGGUCCUCGAGGAUGAAAGCACAUGGGUGGGCAGCCUGGGCUGCGGCCUGGUUCCCGCGGACGGGCUGCACCCGAGUGCCCGGAUCGAGUGCGUGCCUGACCCCCUCCUGGGCGCUUCCCGAGCCUCCAGCCUCCCGGUGAAGACACGCCCGCGUGUGCCAGGGCCCCCACACCUGUUCUUUGUGUUUUGAUGAUUUUCUGUUGAUGUUUGCAAUGCUCUCCCACCAAAGUGCUUCCUUGUUAGAUGAACCCUCCCUCCCACGUCCCCAGCAGCUUCAGUGCAGCCCCGAGGCCGCGGCCGAGGCAGGGAGAACGCAGGGUUUGGCCCAGGCCCAGGGCACGGCCCGCUUCCUGGAUGGCUCAAGAGUCUGGAGGGGCACAGGCCGGGUUCCCCACCUCAUUCUCCCAGACCAGCCCCUCCCACAGGACGCCUCUCCCCGCACAGCCAUGAAGGGCUCCUGCUCGGCCGCCAUCCGGGACCCACACUGACCGCUGCCCUGGGUGGGCGCCCGCUCUGAGUGGCGGCUUGUCGGGAGGGCUGGCAGGCGUUAACGCGUUCCUGGCAGGUAGACCAGGUCAGAACUGAGGGUCACCUCAGCCUUUAGCUGUUACUGACGCUCUCCCUCCCCAAGUCCUUAAAAACACUACCUUCUAAGCCGCUGGGUCAGAGCAGAGGCCUGGUCACCCCCACCCGCACCUGGUCACGCAGCACCCCGCGUGGCUCUGGCCAGGACCCCCCGGGAGGUCGGCCGGCGCAGCAGUUUGCUGGCGGUGGGUACAGAAGGCCCCCGAGCCCUGUGGUGGCUGUCAGGACAGACACGGAACCUGGUCUUCCACACCAGCCCGUGGACACCCAUCGCCAUGGGCGUGGAGGUGGGAUCUGGAGGGUGUUGCUGAAACUGUCCCCACCUGUACCUGUCGCGUCACCAUUAAAGUUGAGCUGUAUGAGA